AGUGUACAGACGUACAAUUUUGUUAAUAGCUUUUAUCUGUGGAAAAAGUGUUUUUUAAAAUAGUUUUAACACUUUUCAAUAGUAUUUAAUAAAUAGCAAAGCACAUUGGAAGUCUCAAUACGACUCAAAAUGUGCUUAGAAUAGCUCAAAAACAUCAUCAGUUACAUUCCAGUGAGAACGCAAUGCACACAUUUUUCAUCGUAAAAUAUUAGAAUUUUAGUGCAUAAAUAUUCAUUAAAUCAUAAAUUAAACUACAAUGGAACGAUGGAAAAACCAUAUCCUUGCAAUUUUAUUGUCCUUUGUGGGUCUAUUUCCGAGUGGAGCUGAUUUUUCACCUGGUGGAAAUAUCCGAUACAACAUAGUGCACUCAUGGGCCGAUAAAAUUGGAGUAGAACUCUUCCAUUUGGGUGAUUUUAUAACCAGGAGAAAGGAAGUCCAAGAAAGCUUUAAACAGGCCACAAUUUUACCAAGAAGUGGACCAAAAAUUGUCGAAAAUAUGGCAAAUGAGAUUAAAAUGAUGAUGGAUCUUAAAAUAAGUGCAGUUCGACGAAUAAUGGACACUGCCGAAAAUACAGCAUUAUCACAUCAAAAUGACGUCGAAGAUAAAACAUUUUCAUAUUAUAAUGCCAAGGAAAUGCUUGAACCCGGUGAAAAAGCACCAACAGAACCACCACCGGAAUUAGAAGAUGUUAUUAUGGAAAAAACUAAAGUCCCUCCCAAGGAAAUUAUAUUACAACCCAAAGCUGAAUUCUUCAAUACACCAGUUAAUAUAAGCUUAAGUUCUGUUCAUGUUCCAACAAAUGUCUAUGACCGAGCAAGCGAAGUUAUCCAAGCAAUAAAAUGGUCGGAAAAUUUAGAUCAGAUUUUCCGAGAUAAUUAUAAAAACGAUCCAACUCUGUCGUGGCAAUUCUAUGGGAGUGCUUCUGGCUUUAUGAGACAAUUUCCCGCGUCAAAAUGGAAACAGGAUCCUGUGGAUCUUUAUGAUUGCCGUUUGCGUUCGUGGUUCAUUGAAGCGGCAACAAGUCCCAAGGAUAUUGUCAUCUUAAUGGAUUCAUCGGGUUCUAUGAAGGGUCAGCGAUUGGAUAUUGCUAAACAUGUUGUUCGAACCAUCCUCGAUACUUUGGGCCCAAAUGACUUUGUGAAUAUAUUUACCUUUGGUGAGGAUGUAAAACCUGUGGUACGAUGUUUUGAGGAUUAUCUUGUUCAGGCAACUCUUGGAAAUGUUCGUGAAUUGAAGGAAGCAAUUGAAUUGGUUAAGACCGAUUCUGUUGCUAAUUACACAGCAUCGUUAACAAAAGCAUUUGAAGUCUUGGAAAUUGCCAGAUCUGAUACAAAGGGGGCGCAUUGUAAUCAAGCGAUAAUGAUUAUUUCCGAUGGAGCACCAUUUACAUAUGAAGAUAUUUUUGAACAAUAUAAUUGGCAGGAUAAGCCGUAUAUGCCGGUUAGGGUGUUUACGUAUUUAAUUGGUAAAGAAGUUGCUGAUGCCAAGGAAAUCAAAUGGAUGGCUUGUGCAAAUCAAGGAUAUUUUGUUCAUUUAAUUGACAUGGCUGAAGUUCGUGAAAUGGUUUUGAAUUAUAUACCAGUUAUGGCGAGACCCUUGGUGUUGGGGCGACAUAAUCAUCCGGUGAUUUGGACACAAGUUUAUGCUGAUGAAGUUGAUCCUAAAAUGACAGAUUGGCUUUGGGAAGUCAAACAAUGCGAACAACAAAAGGAAGAUGUGGAAAUUGGUCGGCGUCUUAAAACCAAAAUGUUACUUAAAGAAGAAUUAGACAAGCGCUAUUGGAAACGAAGGAGAAAGAGUUGGGAUCAGCCUAUUGAAUCGGAAAAAUACCAUUUUCUAACCACUGUUUCCAUGCCCGUGUACGACCGUCGAGAAAAUGCUAAUAUCACCGAAGAUGUGUUAAUUAACGAAGCGUACUGGGAAUCACAAACUCGUGAGACCCGGAUUGCUAAUUUACUUGGUGUUGCUGGAACCGAUGUGCCAAUUAGAGAUAUUAAAAAACUCUUAUCACCGUAUUUGUUGGGAGUAAAUGGUUAUGCGUUUAUUGUGACCAACAACGGUUAUAUUCUAUUCCAUCCAGACUUUCGUCCAAUCUUUCAAGAUAUUCUCAAACCAGCUUACAAUAGCGUUGAUAUGAUUGAAGUUGAAUUGUUAGAUGACGACCGAGAGCCGAGAGAUUUUAAUCCAGUAUUGAUAAGUAUUCGAGAUGAAAUAAUAAAUCAAUCCACCGGAAGUAAGUGGAUGUUGGUGAAAAAUCAUUUCGAUGAAAUGAAAAGAGUAAUCCGAGUAAAACGUCAAUACUACUGGACGGCUGUUCAAAAUACUCCUUUCACACUUGUCAUAACUUAUCCUGAGCAAUACGGUGUAAAUCGCUUACAAAUUCGUACUGAAGAUGAAAUACACCGGCUCAGUAUUAAGGGCAGUAAUACGCUAAGCUACUUUAGUGGUAAAAAAUGGAAAGUACAUCCUGAUUGGCUAUUUUGUAAACAUAGCAAUAUAACAUUUACAAGUCCAGAAGCGGAAUUACUUCACUUCUUGGACAAAAUGUCAAAACCAGGGUGGAAAUGGCCACUUAGUAGAAGCGCACUGCCCCCCGAACAUACAGCUGCAAUGUUUUCUAACACAAGCUCUGGGCGAAUACCGCUUACUGAAAAAGAAUCGUACUUUUGUGAUCGCAGUUUAAUGCAGUCUUUGGUGUUCGAUGCUCGUGUAACUGAAUGGUUUUCAAAAAAUACAAGUUUUAAUUCAAAGGACGAUACCAAAGGGAAUGAAUUCAAACAGCGCUUUGGCAUCACUGUUGCAUUUUUGGCAACUCAUAGUGGAUUGACAAGAUGGCAGGAGUUCCACUCGAAUAUAACGGAAGAAGCGCAUUCAGGAGAACGAUUUGGAGACAACAAUCGGCGAGCUAUAGAUGAAGUCUGGUACAAACGUGCAGUGGAGCAACAUUUUAUACGGGAAGAGAGUUUUGUUUACUCAGUUCCUUUUGAUAGCGGAGAAACAAGUGCUGAAAUUAUAGUAACCGCUAGUCAUGCUAUUUUCCACACAGAAGGUGGCAAAAGUGCACCAGCAGCAGUUGUUGGAUUCCAAUUCCAACACAAGGCUCUAUUUACACUAUUCAAAAAUAUAACUGGCACUUGUCCCGAUUGUGCAAAAACAUGCACAUCUGAGGAAAUUGAUUGUUUCCUCUUGGACAAUAAUGGCUAUGUGGUUAUUUCUCCAAGGAAAGGAGAGACUGGAAAAUUCUUUGGAGAAGUUAAUGGCGCCCUUAUGCGUCGUCUAAUUGAAGAACGAGUUUAUAAAGAAGUCGUUAUUUUUGAUUAUCAAGCUGUGUGUUUUGAAUUCACUGGAGAUAAUAAUUCUUCGAGUCAUUUGUUUUCGCCAAUGACACAUAUUUUACGCCUCGCAAAAUGGCUGAUCCAUACAUUGCUGUGGUAUAUUGUGCAAUUUCAUACUGUUGCCGCCAAUGUUAUGGAACAUUAUUUCGAUGAAAAUGUUACAGAAUAUAUCGUUCCUAACAAAGAGUGGGAGUCUAGGGUUACAUUACGUCGGACGCGACUUAAGUCAUGCGAUCAUAGACGUCAUUUGUAUACCCUAUAUAAUGAUAAAGAAAAUGUUGUAUACAAUAUGACAGCACAUGGAUGUGAACGGCCAUUUGUCGUACUUCCGAUACCGGCGAGUAAUUUGAUUCUACUCGUACUAGAUGUUUUGUGUCCGAAGGAAUCAGCAUUUCGCCUUACAGUUGAUCCAAUUGAAGUUCAAUACGAUUACGAUGCAAAUUUCAGCCUGGCUUGCUAUAAACGAAAUCGUCCUCUUUCGAGAAUUCGACCAGGCAGUUGUAUUAAUAAACAUAUGAAUGAAAGUGCCAUUGUGCUGUGCGGCGAUGCCACUAGUCAAAUAAUAAAUUACGUUUUAAUUUUAAUUAGUACAAUUUUAAUUCGUUAUCUCUAACACUAAAUAUUAAUUGUUAUAUAGUUAAAUAUAAUAAUUAUAAUAUAAUAAAAGGUUUUUUUUAAAGAAAAUACUUUCAUAUUUUACUGUUGUAAUCUUAGCUUUUGUAUAUUUCACAUUAUAAAGAAGAAAAGAAAACAAACGAUAUAAUAAAAAAAAAUAAGAGAAAAAAAAACACAUAGUGCGUAAGACAUUUUCUAGACAAAAUCGUGUACCUACCUACCUACCAAGCAUUAUAUUAUAAAAACUUAAAAUUGUUUUGAUAUCCUACAUACAUACAUAUUAUAUAUUAAAUAAAUACAAAAAAAACUGUUAUUUAAAAAAAGCUCUUAUCCACUUGAAUUCAUUCCUAACUAUUUAAACGUAAUAUAAAAAGAGCAUACAUUUAUUGCCAAGCCUUUUGUUAAAUACAAAUCUUAAUUGUUUAUUUUCUUUUCUUUUUUGUUAUAAUUUGUAAAAAGUAUCUAAAAAAUAUAUAUAUUAAUUUUAACACUUUAUCACUUACUUAGAGAAAACUAAACAUAACACUCAAAUAUAAAAUUAUUUAAAAAUGCCAUUAUUAAAUUAUAGUAAGUUUUUUUUCUAGUCAAAUAUAAGACCUUUAGCCUUUAGAAAUAAUAAGUUUUUAUUAAAAAAAAAAACAAAAAUAAACUAUGUGCUAAAGCUUUGGAUUAAUGAAGACUUAAUAAAGAAACAAAUUUGAAUUUACACUUG